GUUAGUGUCCUGCUGGAGUUGAUUGUGGUGUGCUAAGUGAUCGUGUUUCGUUAAUUGCCUACAUUAAUUAAUUUGAUAAUGAAGAAUGCGUUGUUUGAUACGUAAAUGAGCGGUCGUUUAGAUCUUUUUCGAUGUGAAUCAAUUGGGGGAUAGAUAUGUAUGUUUUAGUGUAGAAUGAGUUGUUCGGAAGUGAUGUACCAAGCGUAUUAUCCGUAUUUGUAUCAAAGAGCCGGAGCGGCUCCUCCUGUUACAACGCACGGAGUACCUAGAUCUGGACCGUUUAGUUCGCCGUUCGGGGCAGCUCAUCAAUACGACAGAUUUAACGUCCAAAGAUUACAAGAAUCUCACGCACUUAGUCAGCCAUCAACUAGCGGUUUAAAUUUAAGUGAUCACGGAAUAUAUCUUCACGCGAACGGUACGACGCAUAGUUCCGCAGGAUCGGUUAGUUCUACGGGAGGUUUAUCACCUGGUAGUCCACCACGUCCCGGUAAAGAAGAAGAUUGUAGUUUACAUGAUAGGAGUAGCACAGAUGAACCAUCACAUCCGCCCGAUGGAGACGAAGCGGAAGACACGAACUCUCGAGCGCAGUAUGUGUCUGCAAACUGUGUUGUGUUUACUCAUUACCAAGGUGAUGCUUCUAGUGUAGUAGAUGAACAUUUUUCCAGAGCGUUAGAUAAGACUUCACAAACUAAAGGUAUGGUACUACUUGUGUUAUGCAAUUGA